CGUCCUCCAGCGACGACACCGGCGGAGAAUCCGAUCCCGAAGUUGUGAGAGAUCCUCCGGAGAAGACUCCCGCUGCUCCGGGUGGACGAGCGAGCGAGCCGCCGGCAGCCGGAGCUCCUCCUGGGGGAGAGGAGGCUGAGGAGAGGAGGGAGCGGGAGGAGGUGGAGAGAAGAAGAAAAGUGCAGAUCUACGUCCUGGUCCUGCGCUGCAUCGCCUACCCCUUCAACGCCAAGCAGCCCACCGACAUGGGCCGCCGCCAGCACAAGCUGAAUAAGCAACAGUUGCAGGUGGUGAAGGAACGUUUCCAAGCCUUUCUAAACGGAGAGACACAGAUCAUGGCGGAUGAAGCUUUCUGCAAUGCUGUGCAGAGUUACUACGAGGGUUUCCUGAAGAGUGAACGUGUCUCCAGGAUGGUGCAGAGCGGCGGCUGUUCGGCGAACGACUUUCGUGAGGUUUUCAAGAAGAACAUCGAGCGGCGUGUUCGCAGCCUGCCAGACAUCGACGGGCUGAGCAAGGAGACGGUGCUGUGCUCCUGGAUCGCCAAGUACGACGCCAUCUACAGGGGGGAGGAGGACCUGCGGUGCCAGAGCCAGAGGGUCCCCCUGAGUGCCGUGUCAGAGCUCAUCCUCAGCAAGGAGCAGCUGUAUGACAUGUUCCAGCAGAUCCUCUCCAUCAACAAGUUUGAGCAUCAGCUGCUCUACAACGCCUGCCAGCUCGACAACGUGGACGAGCAGGCAGCUCAGAUCCGCAGAGAGUUGGACGGAAGACUGCAGCUUGCGGAGAAGGUGGCCUGGGAGAGACGCUACCCAAAGUUCCUGUCUUCUGACAUGGAGUCCCUGUACGUGGAGGAGCUGCGCUCCUCCGUCAGCCUGCUGAUGGCCAACCUGGAGAGUGUGCCGGUGUCCAGAGGAGGAGCGGACUUCAAACAGAAGCUGAAAGGCUCGUCCAUCAACACCUCCUUCCUAGACAUGGGAGACGAAGGAGACCUUCUGUCCAAGUCUGAUGUGGCGCUCUCCUUCACCCUGGAGAUUGUGAUCAUAGAAGUUCAGGGUCUGAGGUCUGUCACACCAAACCGGAACGUCUAUUGCACCAUGGAGGUGGAAGGAGGUGGUAAGCUGCAGACGGACCAGGCCGAAGCCUACAGACCACAAUGGGGGACCCAGGGGGACUUCACCACAACGCAACCCCUUCCUUCUGUCAAAGUGAAGCUGUUCACAGAGAGUACGGGAGUCUUGGCUCUUGAAGACAAAGAGCUUGGCCGGGUGGUGUUGAAUCCCACCACCAAUGGGUCCAAACAGGCCGAGCUCCACAGGAUGGUAGUGCCCAAAAACAGCCAGGACACCGAGCUCCGCAUCAAACUUGCCGUACGCAUGGACAAACCCCCCAACAUGAAGUAUUGUGGGUAUCUCUACGCGCUGGGACAGCAAGUGUGGAAACGCUGGAAAAGAAGAUAUUUUGUUCUUGUCCAGGUAAGCCAGUACACCUUCGCCAUGUGCAGCUACAGAGAGAAGAGGGCCGAGCCUCAGGACAUAAUGCAGCUGGAGGGCUACACCGUGGACUACUGCGACCCACAACCCGGUUUGCAGGGCGGCCAGGUCUUCUUCAAUGCAGUGAAGGAGGGCGAUCUGGUGGUGUUCGCCAGUGAUGAUGAUCAGGACCGCAUGAUGUGGAUCCAGGCCAUGUACCGCGCCACGGGACAGUCCUACAAACCGAUUCCUCCCAGUCACAACAAGACGGCAAACUGCCGAGGAGCCAGCUUGCAUGCAGCUGCUCAGCUUUCUGUCUCAGAUCUGGAUCCAUCUCAGAGGCCAGAUGUGGAGGAGCUGAUCUCUGCAGCGCCAUGUCAGUUGGACCACACCGCCUUGUUCACCACGUUACAGAAAUACACACUUCAGCACCGCAUGAACGAUUCCUUCUCAUGCCUGGGCUGGUUCAGUCCUGGUCAGGUUUUCGUCCUGGAUGAAUACUGCGCUCGCUACGGUGUGAGGGGCUGUCACCGCCAUCUUAGUUAUCUGAAUGACCUGAUUGAGUAUGCUGAAAACAACUCGCUGGUUGAUCCCACGCUCCUCCACUACAGCUACGCCUUCUGCGCCUCCCACGUCCAUGGAAACAGGCCUGAUGGGAUGGGAACCGUCACUGUGGAAGAGAAAGAAUGGUUUGAAGCCAUCAGAAGUCGCCUCAUGGUCCUGCUGGAAAACCAGAUCACACAUUUUAGGUACUGCUUCCCCUUUGGACGACCAGAUGGGGCUCUCAAAGCAACACUCUCCCUACAGGAACGGGUUUUAAUGAAGGACAUCACCACGCCCAUACCCACAGAGGAGAUGAAGAAGCUGGUGCAGAAAUGUCUGGAGAGAGCAGCUCAUAUCAUCUAUUCCCAGCUAACCCAGUAUGCCCAGAUAGAGGGUUGGUACACACACCUGAAUGAGCAGACUCCACCAGAGAAGAGACUGGAGGACAUGAUGCGUCUGGGAGAGCUCUGUAUCGAAGUCCUGCAGCAAAACGAUGAGCAUCAUUCAGAGGAUAGAGACGCCUUCUCCUGGUGGCCGGAGGUGAUGGUGGAGCAUGCUGAGGUGUUCUUGUCUCUCUACAGGUCAGACAUGGAUGUCACUCUGCUGGUGCAGCCGGUCGACUCCUGGAAUAGCUUCCCGCUCUUUCAGCUGCUCAACAACUUCCUACGGACUGACCCUACUCUGUGUAAUGGGGUCUUCCACAAGCACCUGCAGGAUGUCUUUGUUCCACUGGUGGUCCGCUACAUCGACCUGAUGGAGUCAUCCAUCGCCCAGUCCAUCCACCGCGGCUUCCAGCAGGAGACCUGGCAGCCAGUCAACAAUGGCUCGGCCACGUCAGAAGAUCUCUUCUGGAAGCUGGAUGCUCUGCAGAUAUUUGUACUCGACCUCCACUGGCCUGAGCCUGAGUUCGCUAAACACCUGGAACAGAGACUCAAACUGAUGGCCAGCGACAUGAUGGACGCCUGCGUUAAAAGAACAAAAUCAGCCUUCCAUGAGACAAUGCAGAAAGCCAGCAAGUCCACCGAUUUCCGGGUUUCCUCCUCGGUUUGCACCAUGUUCAAUGUUCUGAUGGACGCCAGAGGACAGUGCUCCAAACUGUGUGUGCUGGACACCGGUCAGGAGCAACAGUACCACUCCAGGAUCGAUGUCCUCAUCGACCACACAUUCAAAGACAUGAUUUCCUGUCUGGUCUCAAAGCUUGCUGCUGUUCUGGAUGGCGUUCUCUCCAAACUCUCACGAUAUGAUGAAGGAACAUUCUUUUCGUCGGUUCUCUCGUUCACGGUAAAAGCAGCUGCCAAACAUGUUGACAUGCCCAAACCGGGCAUGGAUCUGGCUGAUACGUACACUGCUUUUGUGAGGCAGAACCAGGACAUCCUGCGAGACCGGGUCAGCGAUGAGCUCUGCACAGAGACGAUGCUGGAAUGGUGGUACAGCAGCAGCAUGAAGGUGGUGUGUGUGUGGCUGACAGACCGACUGGACCUGCAGCUGCACGUCUACCAGCUGAAAACACUCAUCAGGAUUGUCAAGAAGACGCACAGGGACUUCCGUCUGCAGGGCGUCCUGGGCGCCACGCUCAGCAGCAAGACUUACGACACCGUCUACAACCGGCUGACGGUGGAGGAGGCCAUGGUGGCCGUGAGAGGCGGCGACGCUCUGCAGGGCAUCGGCUUGAGGGACAGUGAUGAAGAGGAGGACUGA